ACCCUCUGACCAUAUGUUCCCUCCCUAAGUUGUUUGCUUCUUUAUCAAAUCUAAUCUGCGUCUCUUUGUCUCUCUCACUUCCUUUUGAGUUUGUGGGUGGGUGUUGUGUAAAAAGCAAAUCAAAUUACACAAAGAUAGAUACAGAGCUAAACUAGCUAAAAGGCAUUCAAGACAGUCCCUAACACAAAGUACAACACAAUCUAUUACAUAAAGCAAAAUCUACCUAUCUACUACUUUCUCAUCAACCAAACCAAACCAAACAUACAUACAUACAUACAAGAUACUAUUAUUUUAGAUUUGGAUGAUUCACAUCCUCCACAUGGAACCUAUGAAAGGAGGAGGUGGUGGUGGUGGAAGAGUUAACAUUGGUGUUGAAGAUGAUUCCAUUGAUGGCAUGCAAUGCAUUGAUCAUCCAUAUAGAAACAACCCUGGUGGGAUCUGUGCUUUUUGUCUUCAAGAAAAACUUGGUAAACUCGUUUCUUCUUCUUUCCCUCUUCCUAUUCAUGCUGUUUCAUCUUCUUCUUCUUCACCUUCUUUCAGAUCCGAUAUUGCUCCUUCUUCAUCUUCCACUUCCACUACUCGUCAUUGUCCUUCUUCUUCUUCUUCCAUCAACACUGUAUCAGCAACAACUGCUGUAACUUCAUCUUCUUCUCUCUCACUCUCUGUUUGUCCUACUAAAAAUGAAAAUCAUGGUAAACAUUACCACCAUGAAUACUAUUCUAGAAAAACUCGUAUUCCUUUUCUCUUAGCUAAGAAAAAGAAGAAGAAAACCUCUGUUUCUGCAUCUGCUACGUCGUCUAAUAUCAUUUUGAAACGUAGCAAAUCAACUGCAACACCAAGAAGAGGUAGUAACUCUAUGGUUGAUGCAGAUGAUGAAUAUUUUAGUCCAAGAAAAAGAAAUGGGUUUUGGUCUUUUCUCUAUCAUUCUUCAAAAUCUUCAACUUCUUCCAAGAGCUUUAGUAAUACUACUGCUUCAGCUAAGCUUAAGGAAAAGUGUUGUUCAGGUUCUUCUUUAGGAAGAAAGAACGACAUUGUUAUUGUUGAAGAAGAAGAAGAAGAUAACAGUCCUAAUAGCAACAACACAGGUUCUUUUGAACGUAAAGUUUCAAGAUCUAGAUCUGUUGGAUGUGGUAGCAGAAGCUUCUCUGGUGAUUUCUUUGAAAGAAUUUCAACUGGGUUUGGAGAUUGUACUCUCAGAAGAGUUGAAUCUCAACGUGAAGGUAAAUCAAAGGGAGUAGUUGCUAGUUCUAAUGGUAUUGCUUCUGUGAACCGUGCUCAAGACCACCACCACCAUCACCAUCAUUGCAUGAAAGAGAGAGUACUUAGAAGGUGUGGAGGAAUAUUCAGUGGUUUCAUGAUGACAUCAUCUUCAUCUUCAAAUUCAUCUACUUCAUCUUAUUGGGUUUCUUCUAAUUCUGCUGAUGAUGCUGUAAAUGGAGGAGGAAAACAAGGUUCUGUUACAGUUUCUCAAAACCGUGGUGGAAAGAGUUGGGGUUGGGCUUUCGCUAGUCCUAUGAGAGCUUUUAGUAGCAAAGGAUCUUCUAAAGAGAAUCAUCAGAAUAAUAGAAGAGAUAUUAUUAGAGAUGCUAAUGAUAAUAAUAAGAAUGCUACACCAAAUUUAUCUGCUAUGCCAUCUUUGCUUUCUGCUAGAGGAUGAUUGAUUACAGAACAAGUUUUGGAACUAUAUAUCCAAACUGGUAAAGUUUGCAAUGAGUUGUUUAACUAGUCAAAUUUAGCAACAUGGUGGUAGUGGUCCCCUCGAUUGGCAUUCAAUGAGUAGAUCAUGUACUAGCAGCAAUAUAGAGUGUGGCAUUUAUUCAAUGGCUCUCGUUUGCACCUAAUCAGCAGUACUUGCAAUUGUUACCGGAAUCUCUCUAGUCUCCUCCGUUCCAUGUGCAUAGCUGGAGAGAGAAGGGUCCUGGGAUAUCAUCAUCAGCCUAAGAAAAUUCAUCAAAAUAAAAGUGUUUGGAUCCCUUAUUGUUGGUGUAUGCAUCAGCUCUGAGGGAUAUCUAAAUAGAGAAAAUUGUCACUAUUCAAUGUAGGAAUUGGGUUAUCAAUUUGUAAAAUAAAGGGUUUCCCUCUUUAUAAACUUACUAUCACUAUUCAAUGUA